ACAAGCCUGUGCUGAAUGUUGGCAGGUCUUCUUGAGUUUUCUUUAGGGAAAUUCAAGAAUUUGUUGUUGAAUGAAACUGUCCCAGCUGAAGCUGUGUUGAGGAAUGUUGCCAGCAAUGUGACUGUCGUCAUCUUCCAGAUCCAUGCCCACCACAGAAAUGUGACCAUUUCCUUUGAUAAGGAACCUUCUCCUAACAACUCAGGAACUGGAGUAGACAGAGGAUUGGUUUCCGUGCUUCGGCCUGAACAAACGGUGUGUACGUGGUAUUUGCAAGCUGUGGAUACGAACCAGGUGCUGAGCACAGCUGUUUCUUUUCCAUACACUGAAAAAGAUCCAAUUCCUGGAGGAUGCAACUUAGAAUUUAAUUUGGAAACUGAUCCCAAUCUUUAUCUAGAAUAUAACUGGGCUGAAACGCACAUUAUAUUUGCUCCAGCAAAUCUGGGAUAUACGAGAGGUGCAAACCCGCCUUCAUGUGAUUCUGGGAUGACUCUGGACUCCAGGUGGCGGCUAUACUAUGAUGUCUAUCAGUAUUUUCUGCCAGAGAAUGAUUUAUCUGAAGCCACAUUUGUGAGUCAUAUGAGAAAAAUGUCUGAGGUUCAGAGUAUCCGAGAUCAUGGCUCUAAAGUUAUGACCUUAACCAGCCAAGACAGAACUGCCAUGUACUUCUCUUCACUCCCUGGGCAAGGGGUAAUCUACAACGUCAUUGUGAGGGAUCCUAGGUGGAACACUUCAGCUGCAUAUGUGCCUGUUCACACGUACGCAUGUAGUUUCUCUGCCUUGGUGAAUAACUGCUACACCUUCAGAAAGUUGUCCUAUAAAAUAUUUUUCACCACGUUGGCUGUUCUCGGCCUGUUUAUCUGUUUCCUUGGACACAGAUUCUGGAAAACAGGUUUAUUCUUUACUGGCUUUAUCUUCACGGCUUUCUUUUUCUUCAUAGUCAUUACUAAAACAUCUGCUCUCAGUUAUGAUGUCAGUCUUGGCCUUACAGCAACAGCUGGCAUUAUUGGAGGUCUCCUCUUGGUAGGAUGUUGGUGGCGAUUUGGUUUUGUCAUCCCAUGUAUGUUAAUUGUAGGACUAGUGCUGGGGUGUUUUGUAGCAUCUGCAGUUUUCUUCACUCCAUUAGGAGACUACAAGGUUUUUCAAGAUGAUGCUGUUUUCUGGGUCACCUUCUCUUGUGUUACCUUGAUGGUUCCAGUCAUUUUUGUUUGGUGCCCCAGAGUUCUCAACAUCUUGAUGUGUGGCAUAGUCGGCUCCUACACCGUAGUGUUGGCUACAGCAUGUUACAUCUACACCAGCCUCUCUUACAUUGGCAUAGAUCUGCUCCAAAGGAUUCUAAAUGAAAACUUCAGAAGAGCUUACACCACUGUGCCAUUUCAACCUAACGAUAUUAUCCUCUUGGCUGUUUGGACUAUGCUAGCAAUUGGAGGAAUCACAGUUCAGUUGCGCCGAGAAAAGCAUGAGGCACCUUUCCCACCACAUCCGUAUCGGAUAUGGAAGCGUGAGAGAGAGCGCAGAGUAACCAACAUCCUGGAUCCUAGUCAUCAUGUUCCUCCCCUGAGAGAGAGGAUCCAUAGUAAGCUGUCCCGGAUCAAGGACAUCUUUCAGAAAGAACAGACUGCAGGUGAAAGAACACCGCUACUGUUAUGAACUGAUUCACAGAUGGAAAGACUUAAGAAAUAUGGAUCCAUACCUCUGGGGGCCAUGUAAGCCAAGGACUUUCUCUGUUGUCUUUUCCACCUCAACAGAACUGGAGACCAAUCCACAGUGAUCUAAGACAAAUCUACUCUUGAUUACUACUAUUUCAAGUGCUGUGGCACCCAGGAAUUUUUUGUCUGUAAUUUUAAUCUUUGAUAGAUUAAUGUGUAAAGUUAUUGGGGCAGGAAGAGUAGAAUAGAAAGGUAGCUUAAUAAAUGAAAUGUGCAACUUUAGAACUUCAAAUCCCUGAGAUAGAAAAUGGUAAUUUCAGAUUCGUGCACCAUUCUUAUCUUCACAGUCCAAAAAGGUUUAGCUUCUGAAUGGGAUAUGCAAAG